UCCGCGGUGAUUGUUCGUAGUCGGUCGGAGUUUUUCUCACGGUUUUCCCACGGAUUCGAAACUCUUGAUCUGUAAUACGGUGGUCGCGUGUCAGAGAAUAGUGCGGUGGUGAUUGGCAGUGAUUGCAUAGCCAUAACUGUCGGGGAGCUGUAAAGGGAGUUGCAUCGCAAAAGGAGUUGUGUUGUUUCCCAGCAAAUUAUAUCAACGGAAGGUGUUUCUCCCCCCAUAGUGAUUGGGGUAAUUUUGGGGGUUUGUUCUGCUUCUCUCUCUUUCUCUUAGUGUGAAUCGAGUGAGUGUUGCUUUGGUGAAGAGAUGUGAGUGUUUAGAAGUGGGUACAUGGAGAAGCAAUGGUUAUUAAAUCGAUGACGUCGGUAUGGUACUAGUAGUAUUGAUGCUGCGGCUACUGUUGAUCCCAGUUGCGGUGUUGAUAAUGGAUGCUUGUUCGUUUAACAUUGCCAUCCUCGGUGGUAGUGGCCAUACCUGCUUGGAGGCGAAGAGCUACUGUUGGUAGAAACCUGUUAGUGAACGAACGAGGUAUGAUGCAUGUUGAGUAACUAUGAUAACAGUUGGUGGUACAGCUAGAGUUUGAUGGUGCCUCGUCACUCGACAGGAUUAUAAUCGUUCUUCCUGCGUGAGCUGUGGACUGCGUGAUUGUUUUCGUGUCGCGAUAGGUCGGAAACAGCAUUAAGCGUUUAGAUGCUCAACAAGCGGCAGAGAAUGGGUGGAUGCUAUUGAUCGUUGUUCUCGGAACAAUGCUGUGUUUAGACUUCCACAGCUGCUGUGUGGGAUAGAGGAUUACGUUAAAUGCACACAUUCAUUGUUAUAACCAAAACCAGACCUGCACAUCAGAUAAAGUGUUUAGCAUUAAAUCAACGUGAUUAAAUCGUGUUCGAGCAGAAUACCUGUGCUAGCUAAAGUAAUCAAAUUUUAAAUGUGUGCAAUAUCAUCGUUUGAAAAGAAUUCAGAACAAGCAUAAAAUCUUCCAGUGAAUACAUUGAGAAGAAAUAAUACCACAUGGCCCCCGCCACAUCCCACGAAGUUUGAAAAGUGUGCCAAAAAGAGAAAAUGAAACCAAUAAACGAAUGUUGCUGACAAGAUAUAAAUUAUUUUAUAGUGAUUCGUUAGUGAAAGCCACAGAGGAGCCCAAAGAAAAGCGAUAAAAAGUGAUGAAAAUUGAUUGUCCACUAGUGUUUCAUCAUCGUCACCACUAGGGAUGCUAAGUGGGUUCUGGAAAAUGCCAACCUUCUGUGUCAUGUCAGAGUGUGUGUGUUUAUGCGUGUGUAACAUCACAAAGUGAAAUUGGUCAAACUUCCACCGAUCGACGAUGGUCGGGAGCUGUGAACGAUUAUAGGAUGAAAAUUUGUGUUGUCAUGAUGUGCUAAAGCUGAAUGAAGACAGACGGCCUCUGUUUCGGCUCGUCACAAAACAACCCGGCUGGGUGAGGAAAAACUUUUCCCAUGGAGCAUCCAGCCCAGGAAGAUUGAAAAUGGAAUACCGUCAUAAAACAACAGGGUAGCAGUUUGCAGUUCACACGGACCGAAACAACCAACAACGGGGGACUAGGAAUACAAAAAAAAACUUGUACCAUCGGCCGAGCAGCACUUGACGCAGCGGUAGCUUCAAAAUUAAGCGGUGUUACGUAUUAUGGAAAACUUUCCCGUUGGAGUCACGUACCGGGUCUAUACCCACGGAUCUCCCUGGAGAGGGAGAUGCAAAUGACGCCCGUCGUAAGUCGAACUCGGCAACGGGCGGCAGCAGUAUCAGCAACAUUUGAACCAUCCCUGCCGUCGAGUGGAUAUCGGUCCCACGUGGAAGGACCCUUCGACAGAGGUGGGAUAAAAAGAAGGAAAAAACAUACACAAGACAAGAAGAGGUGAAAACAAAAUCCAAGCGCAAAUUUGCAAGUGAUGGUAUUAUUGGAAUAAUUUAUAAUAAUAUAAUCCACUUUACCCGAAGCGCGACUGAGAGCAAGAAAGAAGGCAAAGUAAAGUCAAGAAAACAAAAACGAGUACCAGAAUGGGAAAAGUUGCUACAGUGUUGAAAUAGACGUAAAUUUUGAUGCAAAAAAGCAUAAAGAGGGUGAAAGUUUAAUCACCUGUUGUAAAACAGAGGAAAAGUGUAACAGGCGGGUGAAUACUGUUUUUUUUUCGCAACGGGCUAAUGCAAGCUUAGACUAGAUAUCGAAAGUGUGUGAAAAAAAGUUUUGAAAUAUUACACCUAGUGAGAGUGACGUUUGGGCAUUGGGUUUAUGGUGUUGAGUUUUGUGCUUCGAUGUGGAAGGAAGAAGAGCAAAGUUGAUUAUGGUAAUCUAUCGGUCUCAGGAGCGGAAAAGUUUCGAGAUUUCACCAGCACGGUAGGUCACAGCAGCUAAUGCAACAUCUGGCGAGCUCGUCCGACCGUCGAGUGAACAAAAGUUGCGAACGAAUAACCAUUUCGAAACGUCGGACAAAAGUCCCGACCUAUCAAAGACAACGAACGCUUCGGAGAAAAGGUAGCAGAAUGGUGAAUUUCAACGAGUUUCCCGGGCAGGUGGUCUGCCUGUUGCUGGCAGUUCUGGUUCAACUGGCAACAAGUGUUAAAGAUGUACCCCUCGUCAGCAUGGAAGCGCUGGUCGGAGAGACAAUCUAUCUGCCUUGCAACAUCAGUACACACGAGCAGGCAGACAGUGUGGUCCUGGUCCUCUGGUACCGGGACGAUAAGGGUUCGCCUAUCUACAGUGCCGAUACCAGAGGCCGGGACGUGACGUCAGCGAAACGGUGGUCCGAUGAAUCCGUGUUCGGCAAUCGGGCGUACUUUCAGUUCGACAAGCAACCAGGCCAGCUGGCAGUAGAGAACGCUCGCGAAGCCGACAGUGGCAUGUAUCGGUGUCGGGUGGAUUUUAUCGUAGCGCAAACUAGGAAUAGCAUCGUAAAUUUAACAAUAAUUGUUCCACCAGAUCGAGUUGUGAUACAAGACCAGAUGGGCAUCGAUCGAACGACGGUGGUUGGCCCCUAUAGCGAAGGAGAUAUCGUAACGCUGCGGUGUGACGUCUAUGGCGGUCGGCCAUUGCCCACGGUCAGCUGGUUUCGGGAUGGCUUUGCACUGGUGGCCGAAUCCAAAAACAUGCCAUUGAACAAUCACCUCCGCAGUGAGAUUGUACUGGGGCCACUAAGCCGGCAAGACCUGCACUCGAAGCUCGUUUGUAAGGCUAGCAACCACGAACGGGCCAUAGCAGUGGAGCAGUCCGUCCAGAUCGAUAUGAACUUUGCUCCCCUCAACAUAAGACUGAUUGGUGCUCACCAACCACUAUCGGCCGGUCAUCGGUACGACCUGCUGUGCCAAAGUGCAGGCUCCCGGCCUGCAGCUUCCAUAACAUGGUUCCUGGAUGGGAUUCGACUCGACAGAAGCAAAGAGACGACAUCUGCCGAUGGUAAUCAAACCACGAGUACGCUGUCGAUUAGCCUCAACCGCACCGAUGCGGGCAAGUAUCUGUCCUGUAAAGCGUACAAUUCCUUGGUGCCAACAACUGAGGAGCUGGAGGACGGAUGGAAGCUGGACAUACAAUAUGUUCCUGAUGCGUACGUUCGACUCGGUAGCUCGCUGGAUCCGGACUCGAUCCGGGAAGGUACGGACGUCUAUUUCGACUGCAUAGUGACAGCUCAUCCCGCUGUCUACAAGGUCGAAUGGAAGCAUAACAACAAAACACUGCCGCACAACAUAUCGCAGGGCGUCAUCGUAAGCAACCACUCGCUGGUGCUGCAGGGAGUUUCGCGAACCACAGCCGGAAAUUACUCCUGCGUCGGGUUCAAUGCGGAAGGCGAGGGCAGCAGUCCGGUGUUAGAGCUGAACGUGAUGUACGCGCCCACAUGUGCCCCCAACCAGCAACGGGUGUAUGGCGUUGCCAAGCAGGAAAACGCCGAGAUCAGGUGCAUAGUUGAUGCUAAUCCUCCAGAUGUGGAGUUCAAAUGGACGUUUAAUAAUUCAGCCGAGAGUAUCGAUGUCCAGGCGAGCCAUAUAUCAAGACUAGGAACCUCGUCGUUGGUUUCGUACACCCCGAUGACUGAAUUAGACUACGGUACGCUGCUCUGCGUGGCAACCAACCGGAUCGGCAAGCAGAGGCAGCCCUGCGUGUUCCACAUUAUUGCUGCAGGUCGGCCAGAUCAGGUGCACAACUGUACUUUGGCCAAUGUUUCCAUGACAUCGUUAAACGUGAGGUGUUUUGAAGGGUUCAACGGGGGACUGGCACAGUCUUUCUUCCUAGAGCUUCGGGACACUCACACACAGGAGGUGCGUUUUAACAACACCUCUCCGGUGCCAAGAUUCACAGUACCGAAUCUGCACCCUAGCGCUGUGUACCAACUGUCGGUGUACGCUUUUAACUCCAAAGGUAAAUCCGAACCGUACGUGAUCAGUGCAGCAACUCAGAGGUUGCCGGAAAAACAAAUGAACUCAGAGAAAGCAGAACGACCCAAAGCACCUCUCCCAUUGACACCGACCAUGUCAAUUGCCAUCGGUUUGGGAGCAGCUGUUCUGAUUGGGAGCUGCGCCAUUGUAUUGGCAUUGAAAUUUCCCUGCGGGGCGAGCAGUCGACGAAAUAAGGAAACUGCACAGAGCACAACAGUGAGAACUUCUUCCCCCGGGCCGAGUGAUAAAAGCGUCGCUAGUAAGGAAUACGACGGAAACGAAAGCGACGAAAAGAAUCCGGAUGUAAUUCCGGAUACGAUGGAUUCCGAUGAUCAGAUGGAGUACAUCCGACGUCGACAGCACAUAUCCACAAUCGACACUAGCAGUCCGAGCCGAUUGCUACUGACCACCACAGCGCAGAGUCAAAACUUCAUGGGUUCAACGAUGGCUCUGCACAACAAUCACACAACGAGCCUGGGCUACUGCACCCUUAGGAACGGCGUACCCCAACCUGCCAAUUCGGUGACCAAUGUGUCCAUGAGUCAUGUGCCAAAUACGUUCACGACAGCAUCGCACGUCACUUGCACCCUUCCGAGGCACCCACCGGGUGCCGGUGGCGGUGCCAUCAAUCCUGCCGGUCCUAUCGGUGCACAUCAUUGGCCCUCGUACGGGGGAACCAUCGCCGGGGUGCGAAACAUGACGGCCAUUUCGGUGACCAGCAGUCAGCAAGCGGUACCUCCUCCACCCUCCACGAUAGCUAUGCAGCAUCUAGGACCACAGCCGAGGACCCGCGUGUGCAUCGGAUUACCAGAGGAGGACGUGUCAGCCGAUACGCCGCUCAUGGUAAAACGGGAAAGCACCGUAUGACUAUAGGAAUCUCACAGGGUCGGUGAUACGGCCCUGUGAGGCUCAUUCUCCGAAUGCGCUGACAGUGCGAAGCUAGGGAACGAGGCAAGACUUAAACAAUAAUUAGAAAUUGUUAAAAUAACGAACGCUACCGAAACUGUUUAUAGAACGAAGAAAUCCAAAUAUUUCCCUCCGAGAACGUAUCUCUUUGUUCUUCGGGAGGGGUACUGUUUCCCCGGUGAUCACUUUACGUUUCUGUUUUCGUUUUCUAACUGUUUUCUAAGAUGAGCGACAGAGAAACGAGAAUAACGAUGUUAUUUACCAUUAUAUCAUUUUGUGAUAUGAACGCUGUGAAAUAAUUAAAUCGAUAUGCUCAAUUUUGAGUGUGGAUUAAACAAAGCAAGAGGGAAGCUAGCGGGAAGCAAAAUGAGCCAAGGAUCAUUAAGUACAGUUAAUGCCGGGGUUGAUCCGUAAAAAGAUGCGGAAAAAUCAUCCAAUGAGCGAAUGAGGAAUCUGUAAAUAAUAAUCUAGUUUAUGACCAAUCCGCCCGUCUGCGCCCCAGAUUCGCAUACCAGUGCGCGCAGGAGGUAGCACGGAAGAAAGAAACUCGAAUAAACUCAAGGUCGUAAUCUUUCCUGUAAAUAUGUAUAUAAAAAUCGCUGAAAAAAAAAGUAACGAGCGUAGCAGAAAAUGAAGAGCGACGAGAAAACUUUUUCCCCCUGAUUUGAUUUCGCGUGAACGAAUCUCUCGCAUUUCACACCCAAUAGCCAGAGGGCUGGAGGGUGGAGAUG